AAAAAAUAAAAAAACAAGAAAAGGCAUAUUUACUUAGGGAUUCUCUCAUCUAUUAUCUCUCUCUCUCUCUCUCCACCGUCGUUCCCAUUCAUUAAAGUCUCUCUUUCUCUCUCUCCAGAGCCGAUGAUAAACGACGGCGGAUUUCACCGGAACUAAGGGAAUCAAGUUGGGCUAUGGCGGAGGAAGAUGUUUCGAGCAGCUUCCGAGCCCUUGUGGAGAACGCCGACCGGAAGUUCGCCAGAGUUCGUGAUCUCCCGGCGUUUGGAAGAGCACAGAGUCACUACUUCCACAAGGUUUUCAAGGCCUACAUGAAACUCUGGAAUUUUCAGCAGUCGCACAGGUCGAAGCUGGUGGAGUCCGGUCUAAACCGGUGGGAAAUCGGCGAGAUCGCGAGCCGGAUUGGUCAGCUUUACUUCAGCCAGUACAUGAGAACCAGCGAGGCUCGGUUUCUUCUAGAGGCUUAUGUGUUCUACGAAGCGAUUCUGAAGAGAAGGUACUUCGAGGAAGCUCACGGGAAGGAUCUCGGUGCUCGAUUCAAGGAGUUACGGUUCUACGCCAGGUUUUUGCUCGUCUCGUUGAUCGUGGGUCGGAAGGAAAUGGUUCUGCACUUAUCAGAGAAGCUUAGGGCUUUGGUGGAUGACAGCAAAUCCAAUUUCAGGGAGACAAACUUCAAGGAGUGGAAGCUGGUUGUGCAAGAAAUCACUCGAUUUACAAAAUCUGACACAAGCUUAACAUAUCUGAGGCCUCUUCGUUACUGCGCAAUGCUUGAUUCCUAUCCAGCUUCUCAAACAUACAUUGCGCGGUUCCACGCUAAGAAGCUGUUUAAGUUUCGUGAUGCUCUCUUGGCAAGCUAUCACCGUAACGAGGUGAAAUAUGCUGAAGUCACGUUGGAUACGUAUAGAAUGAUGCAGUGUUUAGAAUGGGAGCCAAGUGGAUCUUUUUACCAAAAACGGCCUGUCGAAACGAAGGAGAAUGGUUUUGUGGUUGAUCACACACUAACUUCUGGGCUUAUAGAUAUGAAAUUGGCUGCUGAUAUGGCGGAUCCAUCAUUACCUCCUAAUCCUAGGAAAGCAGUUCUUUAUCGUCCCACGGUAUCCCACUUGCUAGCGGUCUUGGCAAUGAUUUGUGAUGAGCUCUCUCCAGAGUGUGUGAUGCUGAUAUAUUUGUCAGCUUCGGGUUCAAACAACCUUUACCCUGGUGAUCUAAUCCCUUUUACGCGGAAACCUCUUUUCUUGAUCAUUGAUAGCGACACUAGCCGUGCAUUCAAGGCAGAGAGAGGCGAGCCUGUUGCUCUACUUCUUUCUCCUCUGAAGCCAUCUUUGGAGAAUUCAUCUGCUGAUGAUACAGCAGAACUAAACGGAAGUCAGUUUACUUUUUUCUUGACAGCUCCUUUACAAGCUUUCUGUCAAAUGAUGGGCCUCUCAAACUCAGAUCCCGACCUUGAGGUUUACGAUGAAGCAGAGAGCAUACUAUCUGCUUCCUUCUCUGAGUGGGAAACGAUUCUCUUGACUUCCAAAGUAUUGAAUCUUGUCUGGGCACAGGUCUUGCCCGAUCCAUUCUUGAGACGGCUGAUUCUCAGAUUCAUAUUUUGUCGGUCUGUACUCACUUCCUUCAGCCACACAAAGGAUAAUGACCCGUGUUUACCACAAUGCCACCCAAAUCUACCGGACUCAGUCUCACCGAUCUGUAAACCAGUGCAGUCCGCAGUACAGCGACUAGCUGAUCACUUGGGUGUUGCCAAAUCUUUCCAUUUCAACAACUCAUAAUUUUAGUUUAACCCAUGAGCCUCUCCAUCUUCUUGGUUGGAGAUUGGUGGGUGAAUAUGUUGGUUGUUCGUUUUCAUAGAAGAAAGUCUGUAUUUUUUUUUAGGGUAUAAAGAAAAUGUAAUUUGGGGAUUAAAUUUUUGUUGGUUUUGAUGAUUCUUUAGCUUUUGUCCUUUGUAAAAGAUUAGAACCAGGAAAUAAGUUAGUAGUCUCUUGCCUUCCUCUCUUCUUAGGAUUCGUUUGUUUUGUGUACGAUGAGAUGAACAAAUCUGUGCAUUGCAUAAAGAAAGUGUGACAUUGUUGUUCUUUCGCAAAUUCUUAGUUACUUUUGUGAUGAGGAUGAGGUUUCCAGGUUUUCUGUUUCA